AUGAGUCAAGAAAAAGAAAACUUUACAGAGACCAUAGAGAGCUCAGAAAAGGGUGCAAGCAACCCUGAGUUGGAUCCAAUUCUUUCGAACGGUGAUGUUGCUUUGCAGGUUAUUGCUUCUGGAAAACAUGCUCCAUAUACGUCAGAAGAGGAAAAAUCAUUGUUAAGAAAGAUUGAUUUGCAUUUAAUGCCAUUCAUGUUUAUUUCAUAUUUCCUUCAGUUUAUGGACAAAGCUGCUUUAUCAAACUCAUCUGUUUUCGGUUUGAUCGAUGAUCUUCAUUUAGUUGGAAAUCAAUAUUCUUGGUGUGGUUCUAUUUUCUAUUUCGGAUAUAUGAUUGGUCAGCCAAUAGCCGCCAGAUGCAUGCAACACUUCUCUAUCGCAAGAUAUGUUGGUGUCUCUUUUGUCAUGUGGGCUAUUGUCUUGGUUUGCACAACUGCUACAAAGAACUUUGGCGGUUUAGCUACUAUUAGAUUCCUUUUGGGUAUGUGCGAAGCCACUGUUUCUCCGGCUUGGAUUCUUUUGACCGGUAUGUGGUACAAGAAAACUGAGAGUGCAAUGAGAGAUAGUAUAUGGUAUUCCGGUAACGCUUUUGGUGUCAUAUUUGGAGGUCUUAUUUCCUAUGGUCUUGGUCAUAUUCAUUCUUCUAUUGUCUCAUGGAAGUGGUUCUAUGUGGUUUACGGUAUUCUCUCAUUUUUUUGGGGUUUCGCUCUAUACUUCUGUCUUCCAGAUUCAGUUGUCGAUUGCAAAUUCCUCAAUGAUAGAGAAAAGUACAUUGCUGUUGAGAGACUGAGAGAUAGCAGAACCGGAGUUAAGAACAAAGUUUUCAAAAAAGAGCAGGCUUUCGAAGCACUUUUGGACCCUCAAGUUUGGCUUAUCGCCAUUAUCUACUUUAUUGGAUGUCUUCCAGCCGGUGGUGUUCAGAACUUUGGUAAUUUGAUUAUUGAAUCAUUUGGAUUCAACUCUUUCCAAACAGUGCUUAUCAACAUGCCUUCUGGUGUUAUGCAAGCUCUCACUUUGUGGUUAUCUGGAUGGAUUGUUUCGCGUUAUCCAAACACAACUAUUUUGAUUCAGUCGAUCUGUAUCAUUCCAUGUCUUAUUGGUACUUGUAUUGUGAAGUACCUUCCAAAUCAUCCAGUGUCCAGAAGAAAUGGUAAGCUUUUUGCAUUCUAUUGCAUCUAUAUUAACACAAUGAGUGAUAUUACCAUCUUUGCUCUUAUGCAAAAGAAUAUUUCAGGAUUUACUAAGAAAUCCACUACAAAUGUUAUAUUCUUCGUCUGCUACUGUGUUGGUAUGAUUGCUGCUCCACAAUUCUUCAAGAGUUCUCAAGCUCCGGGAUAUUCUGAAGGAUUUAAAAUGAUGAUAGUUUGCUGGGUGAUUUUAAUUGUUCUCCCAUGGGUUCUCUUCUACUAUUACUACAUUGAGAACAAGAAGAAGGUCAAGAAUGAAGAGAGGGAAAUCCAAGAAGGAAAGGAGGCUUUAGAAAACGAAGAAUUCCUUGAUUUGACUGAUAGACAACAGAGAGGGUUCAGAUAUACUUACUGA